GCGAGAGCAAAAGAGCGAGGGAGAGGAGAGCAGGGAGAGGAGCGAGAAAGACACACACGCAGAGACACACGGGCACUGGAAUUCCAUUAGAAAAAAAGUGAGACCAGCAAGGGUGAGCGGGAGAAGAUUUUCUUCUUCUUUUUUUUUGAAUCUUCUUCGUCUUGGUGGGAAAGAAGCGACUCCAGGCUGUCGUCCUCGAAGCUCUCACUGGAUUGUUUCUCGGCCUCCUCACCCUCGGUGGAUUUCUUUCAUUUUUGCAUUUUAUUCUGACUCCCACCCUUGCCUCUUCCUUUAGCCCUCACUCUCAAAUCUCCUCUUCCCCACCUGCCCACACCCCUCCUGGGAAACGCAGGGGAAUCGGACCCGCGGGGACUCACGCCUUCCCGGACGAACUGAGACGAGGUCUGACCUCAGGACUGGCUGUUGGCUCAUAAAAUACGCACGCAUAUGUACACUAUAUACGUAUAUAUUUUAUUUUAGUGGGGAAGUCGGGGCGGGGGCGUCGAGAGGCAGCCCACCGCCCUCCUUUCACCCCACCCCUUCCAGCCAGAAGCGAGAAUCGCAGGACUCAGGAUCUCCAUCGGGUGGACUAGCUGGGAUCUCCGCAUUGGAUUUGGGGCUGAUUAUCACUGCUUGGCUGUUAGUACUGUUGUUAUUACUAUUAAUUUUUAACCCAAGGGAGAAAGAAAAAGAAAAGAGCUGUGGGAUUUAUUUAACAUGAUCUUGGCAAACGCCUUCUGCUUCUUCUUCUUUUUAGACGAGACCCUCCGCUCUUUGGCCAGCCCUUCCUCCCUGCAGGGCCCCGAGCUCCACGGCUGGCGCCCCCCAGUGGACUGUGUCCGGGCCAAUGAGCUGUGUGCAGCUGAAUCCAACUGCAGCUCCCGCUACCGUACACUGCGGCAGUGCCUGGCAGGCCGGGACCGCAACACCAUGCUGGCCAACAAGGAGUGCCAGGCAGCCCUGGAGGUCCUGCAGGAGAGCCCACUGUAUGACUGCCGCUGCAAGCGGGGCAUGAAGAAGGAGCUGCAGUGCUUGCAGAUCUACUGGAGCAUCCACCUGGGGCUGACCGAGGGUGAGGAGUUUUACGAAGCCUCACCCUACGAGCCGGUCACCUCCCGCCUCUCGGAUAUCUUCAGGCUAGCUUCAAUCUUCUCAGGGACAGGGGCAGACCCGGUGGUCAGCGCCAAGAGCAACCACUGCCUGGAUGCUGCCAAGGCCUGCAACCUGAACGACAACUGCAAGAAGCUGCGCUCCUCGUACAUCUCCAUCUGCAACCGCGAGAUCUCGCCCACUGAGCGCUGCAACCGCCGCAAGUGCCACAAGGCCCUGCGCCAGUUCUUCGACCGUGUGCCCAGCGAGUAUACCUACCGCAUGCUCUUCUGCUCCUGCCAAGACCAGGCGUGUGCUGAGCGCCGCCGGCAGACCAUCCUGCCCAGCUGCUCCUAUGAGGACAAGGAGAAGCCUAACUGCCUGGACCUCCGCAGUGUGUGCCGGACUGACCACCUGUGCCGGUCCCGGCUGGCAGACUUCCAUGCCAAUUGUCGAGCCUCCUACCAGACACUCACCAGCUGCCCUGCGGACAAUUACCAGGCGUGUCUGGGCUCCUACGCUGGCAUGAUUGGGUUUGACAUAACACCCAACUACGUGGACUCCAGUCCCACUGGCAUUGUGGUGUCCCCCUGGUGUAGUUGUCGUGGGAGUGGCAACAUGGAGGAGGAGUGUGAGAAGUUCCUCAGGGACUUCACUGAAAACCCAUGCCUCCGAAAUGCCAUCCAGGCCUUUGGCAAUGGAACAGAUGUGAACCUGUCCCCUAAGAACCCCUCAUUCCAGGCCACCCAGGCCCCUCGGGUGGAGAAGAUUCCUUCUUUGCCAGAUGACCUCAGUGAUAGCACCAGCCUGGGGACCAGUGUCAUCACCACCUGCACUUCUGUCCAGGAGCAGGGCCUGAAGGCCAAUAACUCCAAAGAGUUAAGCAUGUGCUUCACAGAGCUCACUACAAACAUCAUCCCAGGGAGUAACAAGGUGAUAAAACCUAACUCAGGUCCCAGCAGAGCCAGACCGACGGCUGCCUUGACCGCUCUGUCCUUGCUGAUGUUGAAACUGGCCUUGUAGGCCCUGGGAACCUCAUUGGAAGAUAUCUGGAAGCUUCACAAACAAGAAAUACCCGCCUGACAAAAUGGAAACACAUACAGACACACACGCACACACACACACACACACCUUGCAAAAAAAGAUUUUUUCUCCACCUUGUCUCUGAACUUGUCUCCUCCCAGGUUUCUUCUCUGGAGAAGUUUUUCUAAACCAAACAGACAAGCAGGCGGGCAGCCUGAGAGCAGGCACCCGAGGUCCCCAGGCAAGGGAAACCCAGCAUCGAGGAGGGCGGGAGGGUCCAGAAAUGCCCUUCACUUUCUCCUGGUGGUUCCUCUCUGGACCCUACUGAAGCAAGAGAUCAAGAUGUGACCCCUGUGGCUGAGGGGACUUGUGGCUGUGCCUGAUGUAGGCUGGGGUAGGACGGCUGCAGCUGCUUUCCUCAAGCUGCCCACUCUGGGGACCUGCCGGGGUUGGCAGAGGGGAGUAGUCAGUGAGGCUGCAAGGCUGGCCACUGUGGGUUCCAGGUGGACUCCUUCAGCACCUCUUCUUGGCUUCAAAGAUGGAAUUGGUUUCACCCUUCUCUCUGCCCUCCCCAGGCCAGGCAGUGCAGGUCCUGGCAGGUCUGCAUCUGUUGUGUGGACCCCCAUGGGUGCCUGUGGAGGGAUGUGACCAUGGGCUCCCCCUGACCAUCACAUGGAGGGGGGACAGCUCCACCAAGGCUUGGGAGCACAGCCCACCUGGGAUAUCCCCGCGGGAGGAGGUCACAAAACUUGGGCACCUGCUCAAGUGUGGCUCUUCCCUUCUUGGUGGCAAGAAUUUUGAAGUCAAAGAGGAAUAACAAUUUGUUGGCUUUUUUGGUUGCUAGUGGGUCCAUUUGGUGGGUCUUCUUCAGGGAGAGGGGCCACCGAGAGUGGCAGAGGAGACCACGGCCGGAUGUGGACCUGGAGCACUCUGGCCUCUUGAGUGGUUCUCUCUCUCUUCUCCUGCCUCCUCUUUUUCAUGUUCUCUUUCCUCAUUUCCGAGACAUACAUCAGCUGUAUGUACAUAGCAAGGCUCCUUUCUCAACAUAUAUGUAUAUACACAUCCAUAUACAUAUAUUGUGUGGUUUCUCCUUUUUUUCCUUUUUUUAAGAAACAAAACUAUCCGAAUAAUACCCCCACAGAAGAGCGAAAAUGUAUUAUUGUAAAGUUUAUUUUUUUUAAUAAUGUUGUCUAUAAUGGAAGAAAAAAGGAAGCUGACUCCCUUGUGUCCCUGCUCCAGUCGGGCUGGCUGGGCUGUGGAAGGGGGUGACUGAUCAGUAUUCUUGCUUAACCCGGGCAUCAAUAAACUUACUAGGAAGCAAUUUGCCUUCUGCCUCACUAAGAUUGUGCCUUCUUCCCCUCGUUUGUUCUUGACUUAGUGCCACCACUUGGCUGCUUACCUGGGGCUCCUGGUGUGCCUUAGGAAGUGUGUGCGUGUGUGUGUGUGUGUGCGUGUGCACACGUGUGUAUGCAUACACAUGUAUCCAUCCUUGUGUCUGUCUGUGGGUGUGGGUAGAUGGAACUUCUUUGGGAGAGUGUUUUCACUUGGUGGGUGUGAGGUUCCCGGCUAUGCCAAGCCUGCUGGCUGUUCACUUAACUCCUCCCCUUCCCGCCUCCCUUUCCCAGUCAGUACAAAUGUCCCUUGGUCCCACACUGGAUGAGACUGAAAGCAGACGUGGGAAUAGAGGAGGGGCACAACAGUGUGGUGACAUACCUCUGGUCUAUUUUUGUUUUAAGGAUGACCUGGGUGGCCGUGGGAAGCCCUGGUGGUGUCAUGGUUAAGUAUUUGGCUGCUAUCCAAAAUGUCGGCAGUUUGAAUCCACCAGCUGCUUCUUGGAAACCCCACGGGGCAGUUCUAGUCUGUCCUAUGAGGUCGCUAUGAGUCGGAAUCGACUUGACGGCAACGGGUUUUUUGGUUUGGGUGACCCUGGACCUGUUAGGUGUAGCUUUUAGUCUUAUCUGGAGUGGAGGGGUGGCUCUCACCCAGGACUCUUGAAUUUACUUGAAGUUUGUGAUUGUGAAGGCCAUGACCUUGUCUCUUGGGCCCCAGGAAGAGAACAACUGUGUGUGUUCUGGGGUCAGGUCCCAAAAGAGCAAAGAUUUUUUCUGUUUCUUCACCCUUUCCUUCCCUCUUCCUCCACUUGCCACCUACACACCACCCAAACACUGGGCAGUCAUAUUCUCCUUGGAGAAGACCAGGCGGCUGCUUGUUGGCUAAGAGUGUGUGUGUGUGCAUGAGUGUGCAUGUGCAGACUUGCAAGUGUCCAUGUGCAUGCAUGAGUGUGUGCAUACAGGGAGGAGGAAGGAGAGGAGGCUGGAAGGCAAGAGAAUGUUCCCACUGUCAGCAUGGCCUUCAGCAGCUGUACAUGGUCCCAUCAUGUCACCACUGGGUGAUAGAAUGUCAUUUUUCCACUCCUGGAUCCCCCCAAAUGGCUCUUAUUUCUGGUUGCAUGCAUCCUAGGAACAGUGGCUCACGGUGGUGAUCACUGUGGUGUGCACUGUUGGAAUGUAGCUGGGAUCCUUUCCGACUCUGCAUGUGAGAAGGAACACUGAGCCAGCCAGCUCUCUCCCCCAGUUAUUGUUUCCAGUGGAGGUGGCCCUAGAGGCCACUUGGAAAUCCAUGUUCUUUGCAAACAGCAAAUACUCUGGUUAACGUAAAAAGUCGUUACUGGAAGGAUAUGGAGGAAAGUGGCUCACAGAAUCUACGGGAAAUGGUAGGACCAGGAGACGUGAGGACAGGCAUGAAAGGACAUCUGAAGAGCCACUGCCUCUGUGAUGAACAACUGCCAACCAUUGUCCAGCUGGCUGAGCUGGGGCCUUGUGCCUACCUUACCGUACAUGAGUGGGAGAGGGGAGAGUAUUUCCUACCUCGUAUCCCUAAGGCUUGGUGGUCCCUUGGACUGCAUAAUGGGGGAGAAAAAAUACCCCAAACGGUAUUUUGACAUACUAUUAUAAAGGAGGAAUGGAUGCUGGGCAGCUUUACUCUGCCUUAGAGCGUUUCCCCAUUGAGGUAUCACAGUGACUCUAAUUUUACUAUUAAAUAUUCAUUCCUUUGGCUAAGACAA